GAAAAUCACUGCAGAAGAAUAAAAAUCCUAGGUGACUGUUACUAUUGUGUAUCUGGCUUAACCCAACCCAAAACGGACCAUGCCCAUUGCUGUGUUGAAAUGGGAUUGGAUAUGAUUGACACCAUCACAUCUGUUGCAGAAGCCACAGAGGUUGAUCUCAACAUGAGAGUUGGAUUACAUACAGGAAGGGUGCUUUGUGGGGUCCUAGGUCUCCGAAAAUGGCAAUACGAUGUCUGGUCAAAUGAUGUUACUUUAGCCAAUGUAAUGGAAGCUGGAGGAUUGCCUGGGAAAGUUCAUAUUACAAAGACCACCCUAGAGUGCCUAAAUGGGGACUAUGAAGUAGAACCAGGAUAUGGCCAUGAAAGGAAUAGUUUCUUGAAGAAACAUAAUAUUGAAACAUACUUUAUUGUGCCAUCCCACAGGAGAAAG